AUGGCCGACAACCGCGUUCCGAUCAACUACGAAACCCCGACCUUCCCCUCGCUCUACUACCCACUCCCAUCCCAUUUCCACCGCGCAUACUAUCUCUACUACACGGAAGACAUCUGGCGCUUCACGCUCUACUGGACUCUGAUCUUCUACGCCGCCACACACCUCUCCGUCGCCGGGUGUGCGGUGCUGGUGCAUCGUCGCAAUUGGAGCGUUAUCUGGAUCGUUCCCUUCGUUUAUAGUAUCGUUGCCGGCUUGGAGGGAUUGUUGGCGGGGAGUAUUGUCGGACUUAUUAUUGGUGCCGUUUAUGAAGCGGGAAACUUUAGAAUGUCGACCUGGUUGCCCAUGGUUUGGGGCGCUGUCAAUGUCAUGGUACUCAUCUUGACCAGCUUCCCGAUGCAAGGUGGUCUUUGA